AUGAAUCUGUUGAUUUCUCUGGUUCUUACAAUAGUAUUUAGCAAGGUGGUCUGUAUUGAUGUACUGGUACCACUGUCCAAAAGUGUUCCUGAUCACACGUUUUAUCCUUAUAUCAUUCAUCCUCGUCAACCGCAACGAUUGAAUUUAACUAAACGGUCACCUCUGCACACGAAUAAAUUCUAUAGUAAUGCGAUAUUGGGUGCUAAUGGAGACAAUCCACUCCUGACACAUCCAUAUGUUAUCUUGAUGAACAAAGAUUCACCAUAUGGUGUUUCGAUUUCGUUCACUGAAGAAUGGUCAUAUGGUCCUCAAAUUGACAGUACUCGAGUAAAGUAUUUUGUCAACAGUAUUGUGAAAAAUAUUCAAAUGAGCGCCUUGGAAUUUUCCUCCCAAAGUUUUGAAGUCACAGAUGUCGAUGAGCCAGGUUUUGCUUGUACAAUCAAGAUGUAUCAACAAAAUUCACCGACGACCAUUACAAUGCCGUUAAUACGUGGUAUGGCCUAUGUGACAUUUGAAUUUGUUUCUGCAACACCACGUAUCUCCACUAUACAUUCAAUGCUCUCAGUCAAUGGACAAAUCUCUGGCAAUAUAACCGGAAAACGCUUCGAAAUAGUCCUCAACAAUAAUCAAACAUGGUUAUUGUAUGCUAUUGAUGGUAAUAUCACAUUAAAGUUCAGUGAAAAUCAAUUGGUGGGCAUUGAGCCUGUGACUAAUGUGCUGCGUCUGACUAAAAAACAGGCUGAGGCAUCAGCGAAUGCUGUGCUAGAUACACAAGUUGGGGUGUAUCCCGUUGGCUGUCAACUACAGGCCAAUGUCACAGGAUUCCAAGGCUCAUACAUGUUUAAUUGGCAGCUGAAAGGUGACCUAAGCAAGACUCUGCUCCAUUUCACUUUUCCUCAUCAUCGACAAAUCUUUUCGUCGUUCGAUUGUCAAAUCACAAAUGUUCAAGCCAUGUCGGCUAGUAAAGGCCUCAUGAUAGGCUAUCUGGCCAACAAAUGGAUACUGACAGAAAACUCUCUCUCUACUAUGGGUUUUCUAUCACCAUAUUCACCAGCACCUCAAUAUAAAGACUUGAUUGUAGCACAACUGAAAAAGGAUCUUGCGAUUGGGACUAAUUUGACAGUGUCAGAUUAUUAUUUUACUGGCAAAGAGUUUCACAAAUAUGCCUUACUCUGCUUGUUGGCUGAAUACUAUCGAGAAACAGUUCAAUUGGAUCAAUGUAUUAAGAUACUUAAAGCAGGUUUUGAAGUGCUCGUCACGGGAAAAAAUACCAAUUCUCUACGCUACGACACAACAUGGUCCGGAUUAGUUUCUUCGGCUGGCUUAGGGUAA